GCAGGGCUCUGGCUCUGCCCGCUCGGGUCUCAGGUCAGCUAGGAGAGGAGCCAAAGCCAGGGACACUGCACUGACUGGAACUGACUCUGCCACGACUGCGUAGAGCCAUCUCUUGCAGCUGGCUCCGAGUUGAUGAGAGUCCGGCACCCACCGCUGCCUCCCUGAGAGGAGAGAUGCGGAAGGGAGCAGAAGCAGAUCCUCCUGGACAGCUUCUUAACAGCUCCAUAGACUUGAAGGGUUCAGGAGAACGAGAUCAUCCAGCUAAUUCCAGCUCCAGGAAACCUGCAGUAUGGGAUCGUCCAGUUACCCUCAGAGCCAUAAUCGUGGUUACAACAGUCAUCAUCAUCAUCGCGCUAUUAGUAGCUUUGAUAGUGGUAACAUCUAAGCAGCCUCCUCCAUGCCCCCCUGCUGCCCCCUGCUGCCCGGACGGCUGGAUCCGGAUCCAAGGGAAAUGUUACUAUUUUUCUAAGGCCGAAGGGAACUGGACCUACAGCCAGAGCUUCUGCUCGUCACACGCUGCCUCCCUGGCUGGGAUUGAGAGUCCGCAGGAGCUGGGUUCUCUGCUGCCAUACGAAGGCAAACUGGACCACUGGAUCGGCCUCCGGAAGGACUCGGGCCAGGUCUGGCAAUGGGCCAAUGGGACCAAGUUUGACCAUCGGUUUCAAAUACAAGGCGGAGCAGACUGUGCGUACCUGGACAGAGACCUCACAGCCAGCAGCUCCAGCUGCAGGACACUGAGAAAAUGGAUCUGCAGUAAACCUGAU